AUGACAGCUCUAGGAACACUCGAAAAGCUCCCUCGCGAGCUCCGCGACCUUGUCUACGCCCACGCCGCCGCCCACAUCACCACACCCUACCACGGCCAAGCACUCCCCAACAUCAACGGAACUCCUCAACUUCCACUCCUCCACCUCCACCGUCGCCAAGGCGCCACCUUCUCCCUCCUCCUCUCCAACAGCGCCAUCAAGCGCGAACUCGAAUCCGUCCUCGACACCGCCGCCGCCUUCUCCACGACCAUCGACUUCCGCCUCUUCAACCGCAGCAGCGAAGCCGUGCCCUCCAUCGUCCGUCCGCCAGCACACGCAAAAUCUGUGCACUUGACGAUCUACUUCAAGCGCCUCCCGCCGAUCAACUUCACUCCGCCGAGUAUGCGCAACGACCUGGCUCCGGCGUUGACGUUGUUGGCGGUGUACACCCGCCGCUACCCGGAGUGCUUGAAAGUGGAGUGCUGGACUGAUCACGCGGGACGGUAUAAUGGGAAGUAUGCGGAGAUGAUGGAGUAUUUUGAGUGGGCGUGUCAGAAGGGAAGUCGGAACAAUUUGAGGAAGAUCGAGGUUGUGUUGAGGAAUGAGGUUACGGGAGUGUGGAGGGAGACGAGGAAUGAGCGGAAUGAGGGCGGAGAGUGGACGAGAGAAAUUUCGCAGGCACGGGCGGCGGAGAUCAUGGAUACUCCUUGA